ACGGAACGAGGCUUUGGUUCGACGCGAGGCAAGUAUACGCUGCUUGGAAUGUACAUCAUGCCCACAGCAGCAACGGCCAUCGAGGGAAGAUACCAUCUGGCAAUCUUUCCAAGCUUAGGAACAGCCUUGGAGGCUGCCGCUAGCUCCUCGGCUGCAACAUCACCAAUAGCGAUAGCGUUGCGGGACCUUGUAGAUGUGGUGAAGAGCCUCUGGCGGAGAAGUGGUGUGAAUCGAGAGAAAGGCAUUGUGGUUCAAAUGGUCCGAUGGAUUGCCGAUUGAAGUUGUGAUCGUUGUGGAUGAUAUCGUUUAUAUGUUGGAUUCAGUUGGACUUUUCUCUUGUCGAUGCUUUAGGCUUAAGCCAAGAGCGGUAUCUGUGUCGAAUGUCUUGAGUGUGGGGUUCGAUGGUUGCUUGAAACAGGUUGUACCUCGAAAACGUCCAAGCAGCGGAAGUGUUUGGAAGUAUAUACUGCAGCAGCCUUGUGCGGGGAAGCCUAUGUCACGAGAAGGCUGUGCGAUGGUCUCUCCACCCAUCAUCUCCGCGUGCCAGAGAGUGUCAGGCCACGAAUCACAGCACCCGACGUCGCGCGAGAAUGUAUCGGAUUGGCCGGAGCACCGUUUUUGGAACGCGGAGAGGCGUCACGGCCUCCGCGCUCAGGCACCACACGCUUUCGCGAAUACCUUUCGAGACGCCUGACGUAGAACUUCAUUGAAUGCAUUGCUUCUCGGCCGCGCAGA